AUGAUCGCAAUCCAAACACUCAAAAGGCAGAGCCUCGGUGCGGUCACGUCUCGAGCCUCAAGUUGCUAUCCCCGGUUCUUCUCGAUAUCGCCCACCUCCCAGGAUGCUCACACCUCAACUUCGAGACGACCGCCAUCCAAACCUCACUCCAUUGAUCCGCGAUGGCUUACCAUGAUCAAAAGACGGAUUGGAAAAUGCAUGAUGUUCGGCCUGAAGCCACCACAGGUCGAGGAAGCAGGAAACAUACUUCAGCGCAUUGCGCGGGAUUGGCGCGAACUGAUCGCCGGCAGUGAGGGCUAUCUGACAGAUGAAUGGAGGAGGGGUCUAUAUCGGCAGACGGUGGCUUGGGGAGAAAUGGAUAGCAUGGUGAGACACGUCAAUAACGUCACGUACCUCCGAUACGCCGAAACCGCAAGGGUAUACUUCGUUCGCAACUUCGCCGUACACAUAGACCAAGCACACAGGAAGGAAUGGAUGAAUCUGGUUAGCCCGAAAGGAGUUGGCGUCAUUGUCCGAAGUCUCAAAAUCGACUACAAAUUCCCCAUGACGUACCCCGACAAAGUCACCGUCUACCAUAAGCUAGUCCACGACCCGUCGGCUCAGCAAUCCCAAUACGCCUUCGACCUUCAGGCUAUGAUUUUAUCCGAAGCGCGUCAGCGACCUGCUGCGCGCGUGCACGAGGACAUUGUCGUGUACGAUUACAAGCAGAACAAGAAGACUACCCUGCCGCCAUUUGUUGAGGCGCAGUUUCAGACCAUGUGGGAUCUCCAAAAGCGAGCCAGGAAACACUGGCAGCAGCAGAUCCUUGAUAUUGAAACGCAAGUUCGCAAAUUGGAGGUGGAAAGCUGGGACCGGGAGGAUGCUGUUGAGGAUAUGGGUUCUGCGAGGAAAUGA